AAAAAAGAAGAAGAGAAGAGGGCGGGGAACAAUCGAAGAAGCGCGUCCCCCACCCGUCUCGUGCCGUGCCUCCUCUCCCUCUCCCCGCGGGUCUCCUCCGCCGUCCUCCUCCUCUCUCUCCCUCCCCCACGCCACCACCACCACCACCACCCACACUCCACGGCACUGCACCAACCGCGCGCACUUCGCAUCAAUUGCCCCUCCCCUCGCCGCGCGCCGAAGCUUCCUUUCUUCCCUGGGACACUAUCGGAAGAAGCGUGUCGCUCUCACGCUCCAUGGCGUCGGUGAUGCACCGGUCGAGCUCGGACGGCGGGUCGAGCAGCGGGUGGUCGGACGCGGCGGCGGCGGUGGCGGCGGCCGCGGAGGAGCGGGCCGGGUGGGAGGUGCGGCCGAGCGGGAUGGUCGUGCAGGCGCGGGAGGACGGGCCGGGCGGCGGGGCGCCGCCGAGGCCGCCGCCGCCGGAGAUCAGGGUGCGCGUCAAGUACGGCGGCGCGCGGCACGAGGUCUCCGUCUCCCCCAUUGCCACGUUCGGGCAGCUGAAGAAGCUUCUCGCGGCGAGGACGGGGCUGCAGCCGGCGGACCAGCAGCUGACCUACAAGGGCCGGGCGCGGGGCAACACCGAGUACCUGGACGCCUGCGGCGUGAAGAACAAGUCGAAGAUGGUGCUGGCCGAGGAUCCCGCCAGCCUUGAGCGGCGGUACAUCGAGCGCCAGAAGAACGCCAAGAUCGAGAGCGCCAACCGCGCCAUCGGCGCCAUCGCGCUCGAGGUCGACAAGCUCGCCGAUCAGGUAACCAGCAUCGAGAAAUCGAUUUCCAGAGGGAACAAGGUUGCAGAGGUGCAGAUCACGACGCUGAUCGAGCUGCUGAUGCGGCACGCGGUGAAGCUGGAGAGCAUACCAGCAGUCGGGGACUCCUCUUCGCAGAGGAACAUCCAGGCGAAACGGGUGCAGAAGUGCGUGGAGACGCUGGACGUGCUCAAGGUCUCCAACGCGCGGCUGCAGGCCGUCGUCGUGACGACGAAAUGGGAGACGUUCGACGCGCCGGCCACCACACAGUGGGAGCUCUUCGACUGAAAUUCGUCGAUCAGUAAAUUAAGAGGAUACGUGUAUACGUGCGAUGUGUGUGUUCUUUCCGUGUUGUUUCAUUUUUGGUGCCCAACUGCCCAUUCGUUGUGAUCGUGGUGAGCCGCUAGGUUAGAAUGUUAGGAGAACCAAACCCCACUUAUUAACUGUUUGUAAUCACAGCACCAUUCCUCCCCGCCGGCUGUAGUCGAUUGGUCGGCAUAAUAAAGGAAAGCAUCACCGUUCUUUUUUUA